UGCUCCCUGGUCCUAUGUGCUCCGUUACCUCCGUUUCCUCCGUGCCUAAAUGGUGUUUAUACUCCAGUUGGAUCAUGUUGUCCAGUUUGCAGAGAAAAUCCGGUACGAUGUCCGCCAUUGGAAAAUGUUCCUGAAAACAUAUGUCAACUCAUUAGAUUUGCGCCAUGUAAAAAUGACAAGGACUGUGUAGGUGCUCAUAUAUGCUGUUCCAACGGUUGUGGGCUUACAUGCCAACAACCAGUUCCAGAUUGUUCAGCAGUAUCGUGUUUAAAUCCCGAUUGUUUAGUGUCUUAUGUACCACCCGGUGAAUGCUGCCCUGUGUGUGAAACAGAUUGUACAAGAGCUUUAUGUCCACCUAUAAAGUGCCCAUUUGGUUCAUACAUACCGGAAGGGAGGUGUUGUCCUACAUGCAAACCAGAUUGUUCCCGUAUGCUCUGUGUUUAUCCUUCGUGCGAAUUUGGUUUUUAUACCCCUGUUGGAUCAUGUUGUCCUGUCUGUAGAGAUUGCAGACAAGUCAAGUGUCCCCCUAUUCGAUGUCAGCAUGGUUCUUACAUACCAGACGGAGAAUGUUGCUCUGUUUGCAAGCCAGAGAAGCCAGGUGUAUGUCAAAAACCCGAAGGUUUCGGCGCAUGCGUGGAAUUAUGUUCGGGUGACCAUGAUUGUACUGGUGACCAGAAAUGUUGCUCCAACGGGUGUGGUCAUACAUGUCAGGAUCCAGGCACUGAUUGUACAAGAGCUUUAUGUCCACCUAUAAAGUGCCCAUUUGGUUCAUACAUACCGGAAGGGAGGUGUUGUCCUACAUGUAAACCAGAUUGCACAUUGGUUGAUUGUCAGCCUAUUGAGUGUCCGCAUGGUUCGUUCAUACCAGAGGGAGAAUGUUGCCCUGAUUGUAAGCCAGAUUGUUCCCGGGUACGAUGUGCUUUUCCUUCUUGCGUAAAUGGUUUUUAUACCCCUGCUGGAUCAUGUUGUCCAGUCUGUAGAGAUUGCAGACAAGUUAAGUGUCCCCCUAUUCGAUGUCGACAUGGUGCUUACAUACCAGAUGGAAAAUGUUGCUAUGUUUGUAAGCCAGAGAAGCCAGGUGUAUGUCAAAAACCCGAAGGUUUCGGCGCAUGCGUGGAAUUAUGUUCGGAUGACCAUGAUUGUACUGGUGACCAGAAGUGUUGCUCUAACGGGUGUGGUCAUACAUGUCAGGAUCCAGGCACUGAUUGCCGACAAGUUGAUUGUCCCCCUAUUCGAUGUCAGCAUGGUUCUUACAUACCAGAUGGAGAAUGUUGCUCUGUUUGUAAGCCAGAAAAACCCGGAGAAUGCCCUAAUGUCGACGGAAUGAUUGGUAUAUGCGUGUCACUUUGUUCGGGUGACCACACCUGUCCUGGAGACGCAAAAUGCUGUUCUAAUGGAUGUGGUCAUACGUGCUCAGGCGGCCCUGUUUCAGAAAUAUGUCCAAAUGGACAGAAUGGUACGUGUGGAUCAAUCGCAGGGAACACAUGUCCUGAUACUACAGAGUGCUUGUUCAAGGGAAGUUUCCCCGAUGCACAAGGGAAAUGUUGUAUCAAAGAACCCAAACCUUUAUCAGUAUGCAGAGAACCCUUAAAGAUAGGCCCAUGCAGAGCUGCAAUUCCUAGAUAUUUCUACAAUUUAACUUCGUGUAAAUGCGAAUUGUUCUCCUGGGGAGGUUGCCGACCCAAUGGGAACAAUUUCUUUGACCUUGAAUAUUGUCAAGCUUCCUGCGAGAAACCUUUGCAGUCUAAUCCAAUUUGUGAGAAAAUAGAGACUGAUAUAUGCGAUUUACCGAUCAAACCUGAUGGUGGAGGUCCAAUAGUAUGUCUUGCGUACAUACCUAGCUACGGGUUCAAUACCAAAACAUGCCGUUGUGAAAAAUUCAUGUACAGUGGCUGUGGAGGAAAUGCUAACCGGUUUGAAACGCUUGCGCAAUGUGAACAGCAAUGUGGAAAUCAUCAGUGUGAAUCACCAGUGUCUUGCAAGCAACCAGCUGACGAAGGAAGUUGCGAUGAUAAAAUAGAUAGGUAUUUCUUUAACAAACAGACAUGCGACUGCGAGAAAUUUAUUUGGACUGGAUGUGGUGGAAAUAGCAACAACUUCAAAACUCUUCAAGAGUGUAAGAGCUCUUGCCGAACAGAACCAUGUGUGAAUCCAACACCAAACUGUCUAUUACCAAAAGAGGUUGGUCCUUGUGACGCGGUAGUAAAAAGGUACUACUACAAUCCUUUAAAUGAUAAAUGCGAAAAGUUCAUAUGGGGAGGUUGUCAACCGAAUGGAAAUAAUUUUGAAAGUAAACAGAUUUGUAAUAAAGCUUGUAAGAAAGCCGUGUGCUCACUUCCGGCAGCUGUCGGGCGGUGUAGAGCACGUAUUGAGAGGUAUUUCUAUAACUUCGAAACAAAGGAAUGCGAAGUGUUCUAUUGGGGAGGGUGUGGUUCGAACGGAAAUAAUUUUAAAUCAGCAAAAGCGUGCGAAAAAGUGUGUGCCUAAAUAAAUAAUGGCGUAUAUCAAUCUACUGAAUGGAAUCAACAGUAAAAAUAUAACAUCAGACAGACUACACAUUCAAUUAAUAUCUAAAAUCAUUGUAUUAUUAUAACAAAGAAAAACUGUAAAUUUCAUUGAUUAGAAAAAUGAGUAUUUCGAUUCAAUGCCCAAUUAUAAAUUGAUGUGAAUAUCAUCUUUAUGAGAAAUAUCGAAAGAAAUGACUGAUUUGAAUAACAUGCGUUUUAAUCAACAUUUGGAUAAUAAAGUAAGUAACACUCAGUCAUGUGUUGGUUUUGU